AUGAAGAGGUCACCUGCUUCAUCUUGCUCCUCCUCUUCAUCGUCAUCAUCUUCUUGUGUUGCCAUUCAGAAACCGAAGGCAAAACGCUGUAGAAAAAAUCAAAAGAACAAUCAAGGUAAAUCCCAGAAUGCUGCUGCUGCUAAUAGUCCUAAUUCUGGCAAAAGAAGUUCCAUUUAUAGAGGAGUGACCAGGGCAGACACAGAUGGACGGGAAGGUGCCUAUGACAAUGAGGAAGCAGCUGCACAUACCUAUGAUCUUGCUGCCCUAAAGUACUGGGGGACAGAGACAACCUUGAAUUUUCCGAUAGAAAAAUACACAAAAGAGGUUGAAGAGAUGCAAAAGGUGACCAAAGAGGAGUAUUUGGCAUCUCUUAGAAGGCAAAGCAGUGGAUUUUCUAGAGGGGUCUCUAAAUACCGUGGGGUGGCUAGGCAUCAUCAUAAUGGUCGAUGGGAAGCUAGAAUUGGACGAGUUUAUGGCAAUAAGUACCUCUACCUCGGAACUUACAGGUUUAUUGAGAAACUUUUAGAAAGGCAGAUUUGUGUUUGGAAGUGUCUAAUAGAUACACAAGAAGAGGCAGCGGCAGCAUAUGAUAUGGCAGCAAUAGAGUAUAGAGGAGCAAAUGCGGUGACCAAUUUCGACGUUAGUAAUUACGUAGAACGGUUGAGGGAGAAAGGCAUCCCUAUAGACCGAAUACUCCAAGAACAACAACUUCGUAACGACUCAAAUGAAUCGGGUGUAGAAGUAGAAGCAGAAGUCGAACAACCAACACCACCGCCACCACAGCAACAAGAGGAACAAGAACGAAAAGUAAUUUCGUCGUCGUCAUCAUCGCAACCUCAAUGUGCACAGAUAAAUCCUUGCUUGGAUGGCACAUCCCCUAUGGUUAUCAUGGACCCUAUCGAAGAGCACGAGCUAGCAUGGAGCUUUUGUUUGGAUUCGGGAUUGAACCUCACAAUGCCUGAUCUUCCUCUCGAAAAUUCUUGCGAAUUACCGGACUUGUUCAAUCACACCGGUUUCGAAGACAACAUUGACUUGAUAUUUGAUGCUUGUUGCUAUGGAAACGAGGCCAACCCGGCUGCAUUCAUAUUAGACAAUAAUAAAACAGGAGGGAUUGAAGCGGUUGUUGGUCUUAGAGGGAGCAUUGACGAGGAAAGUGAAGAUGGGAAGGAGAGGUUGUCCGAUUCUGUUUCAAAUUCUCCAACUUGCUCAACAACCACCUCGGUUUCUUGUAACUAUUCUGUUUGA